GCCCCCUCCCCGCGGGUCGGACGCUGAGCGGAGCCACCGGCGGGAGGGCGGACGGACCGAUUGACGGGAGGGACGGGAGGCGAGCAAGAUGGCGCAGACUCAGGGCACCAAGAGGAAAGUCUGUUACUAUUACGACGGGUAUUUGUGAGAAUCCAGUAAGAAAGUGAUUGCAAAAGUGCUUUGACACCAUAAAGUGUUCUGGUGUGCAGGAGGUGAACUGUGACUUACAGUAAUUCUGAGUAGUGAUGAUUGUUCUUUCUGUUGUGGGAGUGAAUUCCUUGGAGACAGUGAGGGGAUGUUGGAAAUUACUAUUAUGGACAAGGCCACCCAAUGAAGCCUCACCGAAUCCGCAUGACUCAUAAUUUACUCCUUAACUAUGGUCUCUACAGGAAGAUGGAAAUCUAUCGCCCUCACAAAGCCAAUGCUGAGGAGAUGACCAAGUACCACAGUGAUGACUACAUUAAAUUCUUACGCUCCAUCCGCCCAGACAACAUGUCCGAGUACAGCAAGCAGAUGCAGAGAUUCAACGUCGGUGAGGACUGUCCAGUAUUUGAUGGCCUGUUUGAGUUCUGUCAGCUGUCUACUGGUGGCUCUGUGGCAAGUGCCGUGAAACUUAAUAAGCAGCAGACGGACAUCGCUGUGAAUUGGGCUGGGGGCCUACACCAUGCAAAGAAGUCCGAGGCAUCUGGCUUCUGUUACGUCAAUGAUAUCGUCUUGGCCAUCCUGGAACUGCUAAAGUAUCACCAGAGGGUGCUGUAUAUUGACAUUGAUAUUCACCACGGCGAUGGCGUGGAAGAGGCCUUCUAUACCACAGACCGAGUCAUGACUGUGUCCUUUCAUAAAUAUGGAGAGUACUUCCCAGGAACUGGGGACCUACGGGAUAUUGGAGCUGGCAAAGGCAAGUAUUAUGCUGUUAACUACCCUCUCCGAGAUGGGAUUGACGACGAGUCCUAUGAGGCCAUUUUCAAGCCGGUCAUGUCCAAAGUAAUGGAGAUGUUCCAGCCCAGUGCAGUUGUCUUGCAGUGUGGCUCUGACUCCCUGUCUGGGGAUCGGUUAGGUUGCUUCAAUCUGACCAUCAAAGGGCAUGCCAAGUGUGUGGAAUUUGUGAAGAGCUUCAACCUGCCUAUGCUGAUGCUGGGAGGAGGUGGCUACACCAUUCGCAAUGUCGCCCGGUGCUGGACAUAUGAAACAGCUGUGGCCCUGGACACGGAGAUCCCUAAUGAGCUUCCAUACAACGACUACUUCGAAUACUUUGGACCAGAUUUCAAACUUCAUAUCAGUCCUUCCAAUAUGACUAACCAGAACACUAAUGAGUACCUGGAAAAGAUCAAACAGCGGCUGUUCGAGAACCUGAGAAUGCUGCCCCACGCGCCUGGGGUCCAGAUGCAGGCCAUCCCCGAGGACGCCAUUCCAGAGGAGAGUGGCGAUGAGGAUGAAGAAGACCCUGACAAGCGCAUCUCAAUCUGUUCCUCGGACAAACGAAUUGCCUGUGAGGAAGAGUUCUCCGACUCUGACGAGGAGGGAGAAGGCGGGCGCAAGAACUCUUCCAACUUCAAGAAAGCCAAGAGAGUCAAAACAGAGGAUGAGAAAGAGAAAGAUCCAGAAGAGAAGAAAGAAGUCACAGAAGAGGAGAAAACCAAGGAAGAGAAGCAAGAAGCCAAAGGGGUCAAGGAAGAGGUCAAGUUGGCCUGAAGAGACCUCUCCAGUUCUGGCUUCUUGCCAAAUCCCCACCUUUAUCCCACAACCCUUCAGAUUUUAUAUUUUCUAUUUCUCUGUGUAUUUAUAUAAAAAUAUAUUAAAUAUAAAUAUCCCCAGGGACUAGACAGGAACCAGGGCCCUGAGGUCAGGGCACACAUUACUUUUCUAGUAGCUGCCUUGCAACCCAUCCCUCCCAAACUCUUGAACCCUAAUGGGUACUGGGUAAAAGGGAUCCACUUAAGCAGCGAUAGGACAAAAUCUUGAAGUGCCUGCUUCGUAGCUUUGAAAAGGUGCCCUUGCUGAGCAUUUGAGAAGGGGUGGCUGGGUCUUCAGGGACUCCCUGUUGUGUUUAGGCUCUUAAGGUAACAUCAGCCGUUUUUAGAUUGGUUCUGUUCUCAUGCCUGCCCUCUCUGUCUUUCCCCCAGUUCUGCAGGUGAAGAUUGGUAGUCUAGUUUCCAUUUUGAGAUACUAUAUUUCAUUUUUGUGAGAAUCUUUGUAAUAAAAUGAUACAUUUCUAUA